GUGACCAAGUUUUAGAUUACAGAUUCUCGUUUUCUGUGGCUUGCACUGGAAUAAAAAAAUGAGAAUUCUCAUUUUCUUAUCGACAUUUGCUCUUAUUGUGAUUUAUUAUGGAUCAGUUGAAUGUGCAGAGAAACUAGAUGUAGACGGUCUCAGAAAUAUGUUGAAGCCUAUGAGUAAUACUUGCAAGCGUAGGACUGGAGUUUCAAACGAGUUGAUUGCCAACACUCAUAACGGAGAGUUUCCAAGAGUACGGCCACUCAUGUGCUACUUUAAAUGCUUGUCAAUGAUGUUAAAAACUAUGGACAAAGACGGCAUCACUCGGCUGGAGGAUCUCCAGAAAGCGACUGCAUUAUUGGUUCGGGAGGACAUCGAACCGAAAAUGAGAAAAGUUGCUACUGAAUGUUUUGAAGAGGUGCCUAAUAAAGGUGACCCGUGCGAAUAUGCCAUAGAAUUCGUAGAGUGUAGUUACAAAAAGGAUAAAUCAGUAUACUUUAUACCAUUUUAAGAAUGCAGCAUCUCUCUAUAUCAACAGUUUGUGAUACUUCAACAUGUAAAGAAAAAAUAAUGUAUAAAUAAUAUUAA